AUGGAUUUAAUCGGGGAAAUUGUCGAACACGAAGUUACAGAGGCUGUUCCUCCUUCUGCUCAUGCUGAUUCACAGAGUGGUGGAUUCCCUGUUUUGGCUACAUUUAAGAGGAAAUCUUCAAGAUUCAGACAGAAGCCUACAACUCAACCACCUCAAGCUCAAACUCUAGCUCCAAAACGCGAGCAGGCUCCCAAGAAAGUACUCACUGAGGCGGAAAAGAUUCAUGAAGAGAACAUGCAGAAGAUUCUGGCCCUUUCCAGUGAAGAAAUCGCUAAAGAGAGGGAAGAGUUGUUGCUGGCCCUCGAUCCCAAGUUGAUCCAGACUUUACUCAAACGAGCAGAGGAACAUUCGCCCGCUCACGAGUCCCACUCGCAUGCUGAAGGGUUUGAUGGAUGGAUUGGUGGAGGUAGAAAUAAUGUUCUGUUGCCUCAUCUCGAUACUGAGGAUGUUAACAAAGCCUUAGGUAUAAAGUCCGUAAAAUUCAGCUCAGAACCUGAGAUUAUGGAAAUCAAGGAAAAUGAGCAAGACGAUGAUGAUGUUGAAGGUGCAAGUGCUUAUGUGAGCGAGAAUGCUCCGGAGGUUGAAGAUGCUUUGGUGGGGGAUAUUAAUGAGGACUCAGAAGAUGAUGAAGUCGCUCCCGAAGGCUACCAGAUUGUCCCCGACGCAGAACCAACAGUUGAUGUUCACUUUCCCAAACCGAGAGGACCUACAGAGGAUCCAGACAUGGAUAUCAAUGAUCCAAACUUCUUUGAUAAGCUCCAUGAGAAAUACUAUCCGGACUUGCCUAAAGAAACUAGCAAGCUCGCAUGGAUGAAGGAGCCUUUGCCACAGCAGAAAGUGACCACAUACGAAGCUAUCAGUGACAUGAGAUUUGACUUCAAGGGAGAUUUGGUGGAGCUCAAUGAGGAGAAUGCGGAAGCUCCAGCUUACCAUGGACUCCAUCAUCACUCUGAUAAUCCACAGUUGCCAGGAUACACAUUAGCUGAGCUUCUCCAUUUCUCCAGGUCGGUGGUGCCUACACAGCGGUGUCUUGGAAUCCAGACUUUGGGCCGAAUCUUGCAUAAGUUGGGGUUGCACAAGUAUAAUAUUGCCCCUAUUGCUGACGAAGAAGAGAACCCUGUGUUGGAGAAGGAAAUGGCCCUGCUAGUUACUCAGUUUGAGGAUAUGAUGUGGGAGCUCAUUGACCAGCUCCGGAUCAUUGACUCGUUGACUGAAGCUACCCAGGCCAAGAAUCUAUCUGUUAAAAACUACGCUAUUGAGGCAUUGUGGUUGUGGAAACAGGGCGGUGGUAGGCCAAAGACUGAGCGGCCCACAGACGAAGAGGUAAUUGCAGAGCAUCUACAGAAUAUGUAA